AUGGCGCCCGUCACGCGCUCGUCUCGCCUGAGCAAAGUCUCCGGCCGCGACGACGACGACGCGCGCCGCGCGAGCGACGCGGAGGACCGCCCCGCGUGGCUCGAUGUCGGCCGAAGCGCGUGGGCGCGCGUGUUCGGCGCGCCCGCGAUCGAGGAUCAGAUCGAGCCCGAGGACGAGACGUCGGACGCCUCGCGCGCGCUGACGCGGCUCCUCACGUCCGUCGCGCGCGCUGCGAUGGUCGGCGGGACGUUGAAGGGCGGCCUGAACGCGUUCGCGCUCCUCGCGCGCGCGCGGAAGAAGGGGUUCACGGCCGCCGCGACGAGGGACGCGUUGCGCGAUACCGCGGCGUUCGCGUCGUUUCUCUCGACGUUCGCGCUCGUGUACGUCAGCGCGGACGAAGGCCUCGCCGUCGCGUACGGGAAGCAGCAGAGCAAGCGAUGGCGCGCCGCCGCCGCGGGCGCGCUCGCGGGGCCGUCGCUCCUCCUCGCGGACGGCGUCGGUCGAGGCGGCAGCGGCUCUGCGCGCAGGCACUACGGCCUCGCGACCUACAUCUGGCUCCGAUCGUUGGUCCUCCUCGUUCGAUGCGGGCUGAACCGACGGAAAGACGACGAGACGCCGAUGGACCCGCGCGUCGAGCGGCUGCUCGCGCCGUUCGCGUCCCCGCACGCGGACGUCGGCCUGAUGAUGGCGUCCGCGACGGUCAUUCUGUCGUGCUUCAUCUUAAAGCCGGACGCGCUGAGAGGGCCCUACGCCGGGUUUCUGAACCGACACGGCGGGAAGAGCGUGCACCACUACCGCGCGGUGCAGGCGGUCGCGGUCGCGAGGCCGGGCGCGGAGACCGCGGCGGCGUUAACGGACGCGGCGAAGACGUUAUACCCCAAGAACGACCGCGCGGCGAGGGCGUUGUUAGAGCACGCGGCGAUGAACAACACGCACCCGGAGAGCCGCGCGUUCGACGCCGCGGUUCGCGCGCGGCCGCAGCUCUGGGGCGCGCUGUUACACCCGGGGCAGUCCCCGAUCGAGCACUUCGCGCGCUUCUUCGUCAGCAGCAUCGCGCGGUCGGUGACGAUCUACUUCCCGCUGUACCUCCUCCCCGCGGUGCUCGUGCACCGUAAGAAGCUGUUGGGGCCGCGAGGGAAGACGCUCGCGUGGAGAGCCGCCGGGGGCGUCGCGCGGUCCUCCGCGUUUCUCUCCGCGUACUGCGCGUCCGCGUGGUUGGGGCCGGAUCUCGUGCAGAGAGUCGUGGGGGACAUGCGGUGGUGGACGAUCGUCGGCGGCGUCCCGCUCGCGGGCCUCGCGACGUUCAUAGAGAAGCCGAGCCGGCGGCAGGAGCUCGGGAUUUACUGCGCGUCCCGAGCCGUGGAGGCGGGGACGCUGUGCCUUCUGGACUGGGGCAUGAUCCCGAGAAGCGUGAGCGGGUGGCGGCACGACGUCUCGCUCUUCGCCCUCGCCGCGGCGGUGAUAAUGCACUGCUACAACGCGGAGAGGGAGGUGUUCAAGAGCAAGUACCUGAACGUCCUGGACUUGGUGUUUGGCAACGUCGGACACACGCGGCAGAGCAUCUCGCACGUCGGGUCGUUCAAGGAUCUGAUGACGAAGAAGCCCGUGAUCGGGUCGCCACCGAGGAAGGUCAGGAAGAAGAGACUGAACGGCAGCGGUGAGAACGGGGAGGCGCCGUCGCGGUGGUAUGAGUGA